AUGUCAAGUGUGCCUGACCACACGGAUUCAGCUAAGCCUGCGAUAGAAUGGCAAUUCAUCGACGCUUCGAACAAUAGUCGGAGCAAUUUGACGCAGGUCAAGCGCCAUGUGAUGCAACAAUACAUGCGCCAAAAACGUGCAUCGGGUCAGCCUAGUGAUGAUGCCGAGCAGACGGUGGUAGAAAGCCAUAGCGCGCCACGAAAGUCUACCCGACGCCCCAGGAAGGGCAGGACGUCUACUGGGGACACUGCCCAGAAAGGAAAGGAAGAAGGCGUCAAUAGUCAGAGGCAGAAAAAUGUGCAGUCUUCAUCAGCACAAAGGUCCAAAGUCAAAGUGGCCCCGAGCAAAGAUUCGAUGGACGAUUUGGUGGAAGAAAUUGAGCGAGAUUUUGGUCCUGGUGUCAUCGCAAGUGCUGAAAGUGCAUCCAUACCAGCCAAUUCUUUCUUUCAGCUUCAAGGCUAUCCGCUGUCGCCCUAUCUUUUAGAGAAAUAUGUAUCUGGAAGUCAGAGUAGUGGCUCAGAGUCGGGCAAUUUAUCCCCAUGGUCAUCCACACCAACAUCCCCAACUGAUGUCACGCUUUCUCCAAAAACUAUCCUCAGUGCAGCACGAACCGACCCUUUCAAUACCCUGCCGAUGGAUCUUGAUGCUGAGGGCCAGCGACUAUUUGACUUCUAUGUCAAUGAGAUGCCUGCCUGUUCCUAUGGUAGUCAUUUCCGCUCUGCCAAGGCCCAUAAUUGGUAUACGGCAGUCUUUGUUCCAGAAGGAAUGAAAGGCGCCGUCACAUUCCAGAACACUAUUCUCGUACAUGCAGCGAAUACUUGGGCUUGGGUGCGGAACGAGGAGGAGACUGACUAUACACUUGUUCACCGCAACCGCGCAAUCUCCAUGCUCCGAGAUCAUAUGACACGAAAUCCAGGUGAUAUCUCCGAUGUUGCAAUUAUUGCAUGUCUCAGCGCUGCAGGUCUCGAGGACUUUGACCCUCGUCCAGGGCACAAAGAAAUUAGCUGGGUACACAUGCGGGCUGCGAGGGAAAUGAUACGGGCCCGAGGAGGACCAGCGGCCUUCGAGAAUACACGGUUGGGCAUGUUAAUCAACUGGCAAGAUUAUAUUCUAUCUGGAUAUGAAACAAAUGGGCUAAGUUUCUUCUUCGAGUAUAACCCUUCAGUCAAACAGUCUUUUAAGGAGCCAAGCCAAUGGAAAGACUCGAUAACGCAAACGUCCAAUCUGACGCCUUCCCCCCUUCCAUCAAUGCCUUUGUUAUCGCCUGGGGAUGCUUUAUCACACUCUGCAUUAAUCAAUCCAAGUAAUUCGUUAACAUUUCCGUCACCAGAGGAUGAGAUCCGGCAUCAGUGCGACGAGUUCAUCGACUUUCUGAAACGUUGUGAGGAGCUCUCGAUAUCCCAUCGACCUAACCGCGCCAAUACGCCAGCUUCAGUGCGUUACACUGCGUUUCAGGAGACAUCACUUCUGUAUAGCAUCCUUGCCGCACCACCCGGCCUACGCUUUACCGCUUCAGGCAACCGUAAACAAUUUGUCGCGCGGCUGGUUGCACUGAUCAUGCUUAAUGCAGCUCUUUGGGAUUACCGAAACUCCGUGCAGCAUAGCGAAACCUUCCUCUGGACAUUAGAGCAAGCAGUACUAGCGAGUGAGGUUGACACGAGUGGAUCCGUCGAAGCCUUACUUCAGAUCAUGCUUGAAUGCAACGAUGGUAUAACGACACCAGACAUGUCUUCUACGUCAUUAGGGGACCAAGGCGUGCCCGAUUUCACGCAGUAUUCUCCUGCUGCCAAAACACAAUACGGGCGACCUUGGUUUGCUGGCCGGAUGCUCAAGGUUGCAAAGCGACUUAGCCUGAAUUCCUGGAUGAUUGUCCACGACUUUCUCUUUUCAUGUUUGACGUUAUGUCUUGAGACACCUGUGUCUCUGUGGGAACGUGAACUACGGCAGGAGAUCCUCAGUGCGCCUCUAACGAGCUAUAUCAUGCCUGCUCUAGCAGAGUGA